CUGGACAUAUAUAGACAAAGUCACAAAAACAAAUAUAUACAUACGUGUAUAUAAGAUAACGUUAACCCAAGGGAAAACUUCCAGAAAAAAUAGAAGAGCCCUCUUAUCCUCUCAUGUCUUUUUUCCUUCUUCCUUCUUCCUCUUCCCCAUCCCUUCAUCAUUUUCAUUUAUAGCCCAUCACCUCAAAGAAUCUCUCUCCCUCCCUCUCCUUCUCUUUCUGUGUCUCUCUCGCCCCUACGGAAACCCUAACCACAUCCCCAUUUGUACUUAGAGAAAGCUCAGGUAGGGGUUAGUUAUUAGAUUCAAUACACACCCAUAUAGAUAUAUAUACAUAGAGGUGUAAAUAUAGGUUGGGUGAUGCUAGGCUCGUUCAGCAACAACUCGGCCUCGCGCGGUCGUGAGGGCCGCGAUGAGGAGACUGCCGGACCCUCCUCGUCCCCAUCCUCGGCGUUGGAUCUGGGCCGCCCUUAUCACCAAUACGACCUCUACUCGCAGCCCCCAUCCCCGGUGCUCCACACAAGGCAGCUGCUCCUGACGUGCGCCCAGUUCAUAUCGCAAUCCAACUUCUCAUCUGCCCAUCACGUCCUCUCGGUCCUAUCCGCCAAGUACUACUCCCCCUAUGGCGAUUCCUCCGAGCGGCUUGCAUACCACUUCUCCCGUGCCCUCUCGCUCCGGCUCGGCCGUCACCUCGGCCCUUCUCCUGCCUCAGCUGCAGCUGCCUGCUCCAGAGACCCCAGGGAGCUCCAGUCGUGCUACCUGUCGCUCAACCAGGUCACGCCCUUCGUCCGGUUCAGCCACCUGACGGCGAACCAGGCGAUCCUGGACGCGAUCAAUGGCGGGGGUCAACAGUCUGUCCACAUAGUUGACUUCGACAUCAUGCACGGGGUCCAGUGGCCACCACUCAUGCAAGCCCUAGCGAGCCGAGCCCCUCCGCCGAGCAUACGCAUCACCGGGGCCGGUCCUGAUCCGGAAUCCUUGAACCGGACUGGCGACCGCCUCUCCAUGUUCGCGCACUCACUAGGUCUCCCUUUCCACUUCCACGCUCUCCAUCUCACUGAUGACAAUGACAUGGGCCCGUUGAUGAUCGCGGUGCAUCCCGAUGAGAUCGUGGCUGUCAAUCUUGUGAAUUAUCUCCACCGCUUGAUACGAUCUGACCGCGAGGCUCGGGAGCUGCGGACAUUCCUUCAUCAGAUCCGAGGCUUGAACCCUAGGAUCGUGACGGUGGCAGAGCGAGAGGCCAGCCACAACCACCCCUCAUUCCUUCGCCGAUUCAUGGAGGCACUCGACCACUAUUCUGCAGUCUUCGACUCCCUCGAGGCCACACUGCCGCCCAACAGCCGGGAGCGGCUCGCAGUGGAGACUGUCUGGUUCGGACGGGAGAUUGCGGACAUCGUGGCAGCCGAGGGCGAGGGCCGCCGGGAACGGCACGAGCGGUUUGAGUCGUGGGAGAUCCUCCUCCGUGGCUCGGGAUUCAGAAACGUGCCAUUGAGCCCCUUCGCGCUCUCGCAGGCUAAGCUACUCCUGAGGCUCCAUUACCCUUCCGAAGGUUACCAGCUUCAGAUCACAAACAAUUCAGUGUUCCUGGGAUGGCAAAAUCGACCCCUCUUCUCAGUUUCUUCUUGGCGCUAAUUAUUACUCGCGCAUCGUUCCCUCAUUGACCCUAGGUUUAGGUUUGCUUGAUUAAAUAGGAUCCUUCCAGAGUUUUGCAUACAUCUAUGAGCAUAUAAACUCGUAACCGCAUGUGAUCUCUCUUAUUUAUGACGCGGUUUUGUCCUUGAAAAUGCGCCAAAUGUAAGGCUAGAGAGAACCCUAAUUAGUCUAGGUUUAUCAGUAGAAGUCCUAACCCCUCGUAGUUUAAGCCUAGCUGGGCUAGCUGUAUAAUGGGUGCGUGCGUGGAGAUUUAUGGCGAAGAAAUUUACAAGCUCCAACAAAAGCUCGGCGUAAGAAGCUUCACAAGCUCCAUCAAGGAUCACUGAGGGCGUCAAGGUGACAAUCUCCAUCUCUGCGGGCUCGUCAUCUCGAUCUCUCGGUUGCUUUAUUUCUCAAAGAGAACUUGGAUUAGAAGCCGUUUUCAUUCUUAGAGAUUUCUAUUGCUUAUGUUUAAUUUGUGGUUGUAUUUAUAAUUGGCCCUUUCUGAUAUGUUCUCCUCCCCUGAUCUGUCCCUCUCUAUGAUGAUGACAUAAUAUAUGUGUUUUGUGAUUGAUUCCUUCCCUAGCCUUUUUGUAAGGGCUAUUACACUUAAUGGGAUCGAUGUGGAGCAUCUAAAUAUAAUUUCUUAAUGCAAUUAGUCCCUAUUAAAGGUGAAAA